ACGAUAGGAAAGGUCGACAUCUGGUUGAUCAGAACUUACUGGGAUCUUGAGUUUCCUCGACCAUUGAUGCCUAAUUUUAAAUUUGUUGGAGGAUUACACUGCAAACCUGCCAAACCUCUUCCAAAGGAUCUGGAGGAGUUUGUUCAGAGUUCAGGAGAUCAUGGCAUUGUCGUGUUUUCAUUGGGAACGUUGGUGAAUAAUCUGACAAUGGACAAAACCAAUAUGAUCGCUUCUGCUUUUGCUCAGAUCCCACAAAAGGUUGUGUGGCGUUACAGUGGGAAAACACCAGAAACUCUGUCCCCCAACACAAAACUCUACAACUGGAUCCCACAGAAUGAUUUAUUUGGACAUCCCAAAAUGAAGGCCUUCUUUUCUCACGGUGGGACGAAUGGACUGUAUGAAGCUGUUUAUCAUGGUGUUCCUAUGGUGGGUUUACCACUGUUUGCUGAUCAGCCGGAUAAUCUCAACCAUAUGAAAAGCAAAGGAGCUGCUGUUGUCCUCGACAUCAACACCAUGACGUCCAAAGACCUUGUCGACGCUCUCAACACUGUUAUUUAUAAUACAACGUACAAGGAGAGCAUGAUGAAGCUGUCCAGAAUUCAUCACGAUCAGCCCAUGAAGCCUCUGGAUCAGGCCGUGUUCUGGAUCGAGUUUGUGAUGAGGAAUAAAGGAGCGAAACACUUGAGAGUUCAGGCACAUGAACUGACCUGGUAUCAGUAUUAUCUACUGGAUGUCAUGGCCUUCUUACUCACGGUAUUUACUCUCUGUGUUUUCAUUUUCAUGAAAACCUGCCGUUUUCUUUACUGUAAGUAUUUCAGGAGGACUGUUCCUGAUCGCAGAGCAAAAAAUAAAAAAGAGUGA